GCACCAUUAAAAGACCUGUCAUCUGUCGACUUGCCUUCCCUCUCAUUGUUAGUAAGAAACAAGCUAUGAUAAAGUUACGCUUACUACCUGUGCUGCUACUGGUCCUUCUUGGGUUAUGGCACUCUGUGCAGGCCGCUGUCAUGUCCAUUGAUUAUGGAACGGAAUGGUUCAAAGUUGGACUCAUCAAACCUGGUAUUCCCCUGGACAUCGCAUUGAACAAGGAUUCUAAGCGUAAGACUCAGGCCGUAGUUAGUGUUCGUGGAAACGAUAGAAUGUAUGGCGGUGAUGCUGUUAACUUGGCUGGAAGAUUUCCUCAAGCAACUUACUUCAACCUAAAGAGCUUAGCUGGAAGAUUAUACGAUGAUCCUCACUGUGCUGAAUACCGAAACCGUUUCGUCAACAAUAUGAUCAAGGAUCCUCUUCGCGGCACUCCUUUAUUCCAACAUGAUCAGAAUACCACAUUCACUGUUGAAGAACUCAUUGCAUUCCAGUUCCAGAAUGCAAAAGAACAAGCUUCAGCAAAUGCGAAUGAGGCCGUUAAGGAUGUUGUUAUCACUGUCACUCCAUUUGCAACUCAGUUUGAACGUCAAGCUAUUUUGGAUGCAGCCGAGUUGGCUGGGUUGAACGUUCUCGCUUUGAUGCACGAUGAAACCGCUGUUGCCUUGAAUUAUGCCAUCAACCGUAAAUUCACAAGCACACCUGAAUACCAUAUCUUCUACGACAUGGGCGCUGGUUCUACUGUUGCAUCUCUCGUAUCGUUUUCCAAUGUUGAAGUCACUGAAGGAAAGCGUAACAAGACUUAUCCUCAGAUUGAAGUGAAGGCAGUCGGAUAUGAUGCCACUCUCGGGGGUCAUGAAUUUGAUGUCAGACUUCAAAAGUUCUUGGCCGAUGGUUUUAUGACUCAGAAGAAGAACAUCGUUGAAUCAAGCAUCUUCCAAUCCGAAAGAGCUAUGACUCGAUUGCUCAAGGAAGCCAACCGAGUUAAACAGAUUCUCAGUGCCAACACUGAAACAAUGGCGUCGGUUGAGGGAUUGCAUGAGGAGCAGGACUUCAAGAUGAAGGUUACCCGUUCUGAAUUGGAAAACCUUUGCAAGGACUUGCUUGCUAGAGUUGAUACUCCCAUUAAGACUGUUUUGGAAGCUGCCAAGAUGAAGACUUCUGAAGUAAAUUCUCUCGUCCUUGUUGGUGGUAGCGUUCGUGUUCCUGCUGUUCAAAAGAUUUUGAAAAAGACCAUUGGAAGUGACAAGGUCGCUCAAAAUGUAAACGCUGAUGAAGCUGCCGUAUUAGGCGCUGCUUUCCGUGGAGCAUCUAUCAGUAACCAAUUCAGACUUACUCAAGAAAUCAAGAUCAAGGACGUGACUACACUCCCAAUUCAAAUUAUCAAGGAUAGUGAAAAUUCUGAUGGAAAGCAAUCUCGUACCACUUUGUUUAACGAAUACGGCACCAUGGGAAUCCGCAAAAUUGUUCAGAUGAAGAAGAUGUCUGAUUUUGAAUUUGAUCUUGUCUACGGCAAGACUCUGACUGAAGAAGACAAACAACUUGGUCUCGAUCACAUUUCCACUGUGAAGAUUUCAGGCUUGACCCAAGCUUUGAAGGAGCAUAAGGCAGACGCAGCUAACGCUGAUGAAGAACCUAAAGUCAAGGUGUCCAUCGAAUUAUCUGAUUCUGGUAUCCUCUCCGUCACCGAUGCCACUGUUUCCGUUACAUCUGAUAAGCCUGCCACCAUUGCUGAUAAAGUCAAGUCAUUCUUUGGAUCUAAGGACAACAAGGAAUCUGCAGAGGAUAAAGAUGAAAAACUAGAUGAAUCUGAAAAGUCAGAUGAGACCAAAGAUGAAGCUACCAACAACGAAACUGAAAAGCAAAACAAUGAGACAACCAAUGGCACCGAUACCAAGGAAGGAGCUAACGCUACCCAGAAUCAAACAAAGAAGUCUGAGAAGGUCAACCUUAAGGUCGAUUGGAUCCCUAGAGGUGUUUCUCCUCUCUCUCCCGAGCAAAAGAAGAUGGCCUCCGCUAGAAUCACAACUUUGGAUGAAAGUGAUGCUAAGCGUAAGGCUCGUGAAGAAUCCCGUAACCACUUGGAAGCCUUCGUGUACAGAAUCCAAGACUUCCUUUACGACGACACCGUUGAAUUGGUUUCCACUGAAGAGGACAGAGAAAACCUUCGCGAACAUCUUUCCGCCGCAUCUGAAUGGCUUUAUGAAGAAGGAGAGAACGCUGAUACACCAGCUUAUGUCGAAAGACUUCGCAAACUACAGCUUCUCGAACGGCCUAUCACCUAUCGCCGCACAGAACAUCUGAAGCGUGACGAACAUUUGUCUUUGCUGGACAAGGGCAUAGAAGCCGCUCAAAUUUUCAUUGAAACCAUUUUCAAUAUGAAUGAAACCGACAGAUAUCACAGUGAAGAGGAACUUACCAAUGCCACCACUGUGGUAGAGGAGGUGAAGGAAUGGAAGACAAAGAAAUUAGGAGAACAACAAGCGCUUGCACCUCAUGUCGACCCUGUUCUUACAACACGCGAAAUUCAAAAGAAGAUGAAGGACGUUGAAGCUGCCCUCCGCAAGUUGACUGCAAAGAAGAAGCCAAAGGUCACCAAGAAGAAGGAGAGCAAUAAGAAGAAAAGCUUUGCAUAUACAAGACAUUAUCAAGGGAAACAAAAAGAAUAAAGCCCAUAACAA